UACACACACACGUGGUGAAUCAUUCCGUGUCGUUCAUCAUGUGUAAUGCAACCUGAGCAAUGUUAACUGCCAGCAGACUUGACAUUUUGUUCUGUUAACUGUUUUCACAUGUCAAGGGACACCCUAAAAUAAAUUUUUCAUCAGCAAUAAGGUUGGACUGGUAAGAAUACGAUCGACUCUCAAGAUUUCUCUUCCCGACCAGGCCGCAGUUCGUACAGGUUGUGAUUUACCAGUUCUGCCAUCCUUCUACGCUUGAUCUCUCCUUCAGCUUUUCCAUCUUCUCAUCAGGAUCUUUGGCUUUGCUCAGACAUUGUAGUGGGCCAUACUUCAAGCCAGUUCAAGAUGGUCAGGAAAAAGAUCGACAAUCGAAUUCGAGUGAUGUUAGAAAAUGGUGUUGCCAACAAGCACAGAUCAUUGUUUGUCAUUGUUGGUGAUCAUGGCCGAGAUCAGGUGGUGAUACUGCAUCAUAUGUUAUCUAAGGCAGUGGUGAAGGCAAGGCCAUCUGUACUCUGGUGUUACAAAAAAGAACUUGGCUUUAGCAGUCAUCGCAAGAAGAGAAUGCGUCAACUGCAGAAGAAAAUAAAGUCUGGCAAGUUAGAUGUGAAAGAAGAUGAUCCAUUUGAGUUGUUUAUUGCAGCAACCAACAUCCGUUAUUGUUACUAUAAUGAGACACAUAAAAUCCUCGGCAACACAUAUGGCAUGUGCAUACUGCAGGACUUCGAAGCAUUCACCCCCAACCUGCUGGCACGCACCAUUGAGACAGUGGAAGGGGGAGGACUAGUGAUCAUCCUGCUACGCUCUGUUUCCUCUCUCAAACAACUGUUCACGAUCACUAUGGAUGUUCACUCCCGGUUCCGCACUGAGGCUCAUCAAGAUGUUGUAGCUCGAUUCAAUGAAAGAUUCCUGUUGUCCCUGUCCACAUGUAAAAGCUGUAUGGUGAUUGACGACCAACUCAACAUCCUUCCGGUCACCUCUAACAUCCUCAACAUUACACCAGUGCCCACCAAGGCCAUGGAAGAUUCCAUGACACCCAAAGAAUUGGAGCUUCAAGAACUGAAAGGGUCACUGCAGGAUACUCAGCCAGUUGGAUGUGUUGCAGAUUGCUGUCAAACACUAGACCAGGCCAAGGCUGUGUUGAAGUUUGUGGAUGCCAUUUCCGAAAAGACUUUGCGUAGUACUGUUGUGUUGACAGCUGCUAGGGGACGGGGCAAGUCAGCAGCCCUUGGUUUGGCCAUGGCAUCAGCAGUGGCAUUUGGAUAUUCAAACAUUUUUGUGACAGCUCCAAGCCCAGAAAACUUGAAAACAUUGUUUGAGUUUAUCUUCAAGGGGUUGGAUGCACUAGACUAUCAGGAACACUUGGACUAUGAGAUCAUCCAGUCAACUAACCCAGAUUUUAACAAGGCCGUAGUGAGAGUCAACAUCUUCAGGGAACACCGACAAACCGUUCAGUACAUCCACCCAUCAGACAGUUUGAAGUUGGGACAGGCAGAGCUGGUGUGCAUUGACGAGGCAGCAGCCAUACCAUUACCUCUAGUCAAAGCUCUUCUGGGACCUUAUCUUGUCUUUAUGGCCUCCACGGUCAAUGGGUAUGAGGGCACUGGUCGGUCUCUGUCCUUGAAACUGGUAGAACAGCUGCGCCAACAAGUAACAACAUUUGGAAACAGUGGCAAUUCAACAGAUGUACAGAAGAUGGUGGCAGCUGCAAAACCAGGAUUGGGACAGUCAGCCUCAGGCCGUGUUCUCCAUGAGAUAUCCCUGACUGAGUCUAUACGGUAUGCUGAUGGUGACCCUGUGGAGUCCUGGCUAAACAGUAUACUGUGUCUCGAAUCAGGCAGCAUUCCGCGUAUCCUGUCAGGCUGCCCAGUCCCAGCCCUAUGUGAGCUGUACUAUGUCAACAGAGAUACACUCUUCUCUUACCACAAGGCUUCGGAGGCCUUUCUUCACAGAGUUAUGGCCCUUUGUGUUGCCUCACACUACAAGAACACUCCCAAUGACCUGCAGAUGUUGUCUGAUGCUCCUGCAUUCAACAUCUUUGUAUUGUUGGGACCUGUGACAGAUGACCAAAGCUCCCUGCCUGAAGUCCUGUGUGUUGUUCAGGUAUGUCUGGAAGGAGAGAUCUCCAAGAGCACCAUCAUGCAUAGUUUAUCCCGAGGGAAGAGAGCAGCUGGAGACCUCAUUCCUUGGACCGUGUCACAACAGUUCCAAGACCAUGACUUUCCUGGCCUGUCCGGUGCUAGAAUUGUGAGAAUUGCUACACACCCAGACUACCAAGGGAUGGGAUAUGGGAGUCGAGCUGUGUCUCUCCUUCAACAGUACUACGAAGGUAACAUCCCCAGCCUCAAGGAGGUAGGACCAACACAAGCACAGCUGGACACUGUACCAGAAGAUGAUGUGAAUCUGCUGGAGGAGCAUCUGAUGCCACGAAAACACCUGCCCCCUUUGCUGCUAAAGUUGAGUGAACGGAAAGCAGAGAAACUUGACUAUCUUGGGGUGUCAUAUGGACUGACAACUAACCUGCUAAGAUUUUGGAAGAAAGCUGGGUUUUCAAUGGUUUACCUAAGACAAACAGCGAACGACCUGACUGGGGAACACUCAUGCAUCAUGCUGAAGGUGCUAGCAGAGGAUAUAGAUGGCACAGGAAGGAGGGAUACAACCUGGCUUCCUGCAUUCAGGAAAGAUUUCCAACGUCGAUUUGUGUCACUUUUGUCAUAUCAGUUCCGCACGUUUCACCCAUCCCUUGCCCUCAACAUCCUCAGUGAAAAGGGAGCCAAAAUGGAAUCAGGUGAUAUGAGCCGUGCUGAGCUUGACAUGAACCUGAGCAAGUAUGACAUGAAGAGACUGGAGCUGUAUGCCCAGAACAUGGUGGACUAUCACCUCAUCAUGGAUCUUGUGCCAGUCAUUGCAAAACUGGUGUUAUUGGGUAAAGCCAAGAUCCAUCUGAGUGUAGUACAGUCAGGUCUGUUGCUGGGUCUGGGUCUGCAGCAUAAGACUGUGGCUGAUCUAGAGAAGGAGUUCGAGUUACCUACAAGUCAACUCCUAGCACUAUUUAAUAAAGUCAUCCGAAAAGUGUCCAAGUGUUUUACUGAGAUUGUGGAAGCUGACAUAGAAAGUCUCAUGGCAGAGGAGAAGGAUGUCAAGAUGACCCCAGUAAGCCAGACAUUGGAAGAUGAUCUGAAAGAGGCAUCAGACAAGGUGAAGGAGAAGCAGAAACAAGAUAAGGCUAUCUUGACUAACCUUGACCUUGCCCAGUAUGCUGUCAAGGGGUCGGAAGAUGACUGGAAGGUGGCUCUGACCAAUCAGACAAAGGCUGGCAUCAUCAGUGUUAAAGGGAAGUUGGAGCAGAAGAGGAAGAUAGCAGUAUCCCCUACGGAGCAAGAGACAGUGAUGAAAUAUAAGAAACACAGGAAGGUGAAACAGAAGACAUGAGCAAGCAUGUGGUCUUGGUGGUCUCUGAUGUUUGUUGCCAGAUGUUGUGUCCUCCAACAUGUGUAUUAUGUAGACACUCUAGUUUUGCUGAUGUCAGGUUGACCAUGUUGAUGUCACUUAAAUCAUUUGUAUAAAACUGACAAGGAAAAGAAAUGUUACCAACCAGCAUAGUUUCUUCCUGUAGACAGAACAGGACCAAUAUCAAGGAAGAUAUUUGUAUUGUCUAAAGACAUGAAUUAUCAACAUCAUUUUGGGGUGGGUGGGGGGUGGCCCAGUCGUCUUAGGCGCUGCAAGUUGCUGUGCAGAGUUGCGUCCAUUUUGCACACCAGAAGCCUAUGAUCGUGGGUUUGAAUCCCGGUUCGCCCCGACUAUGUUUCUAGGUUUGUCGGCACCAUACCCGUGCCUUACGGUUUCACUGAAGUGGUAAACAUCUAAGAAGUCCAUCGCUUCGGGCUUUACUCCCACAUUAAGCUGUUAUGCCCUGAUAUGACUGGAAUACUGUUAAAAGCAAUGCUAAACCCCACUCACUCACUCACUCACUCACUCACUCAAUAUCAUUUUGCCAUUAAUGAGAACAAAAAUUGUGGUAUAUUAUGAAGGUAAUUUUGUCCAGUUUAACUUCAUUUUCAGUAAUCAAGACUUAAAUCAGCACAUGAAAUUCCCUUUGAUCCUUCACAAUGACAACUUUGUCAGUCAGUUUGGGCAUGCUCACAUCAAUGCACACCAUAACUUGACAAUGGGCAGAAGAUGUGAGACAUUUGAUCAAAAGAAAUGGAUUGGACACCAGUCUUCUCAGAGGAACUGUGCUGAUGGAUCCCUGUGAUAAGGGCAAACCUGUCAUGCUCAAAUUUGACAGUCAAGGUGAUCCCACAUGUGAGAUUGGUAAGAUCGUGCUUGGCCAAGGCAAGACAUUCAUGUUAUUGGCUUGCAUAAAAUCUCCUCUUACAAUCGUGUUGUAUGGGGCCUCAUGUUAUCUUGCUGAAACAGGAUUUGAACGGUGGUGAACUUGGUCAAUAAAAUGUUUUCUUCCAAAAUCCCCAGACAUAUCUUCAUUUGGCUAUGUGGGUGUCGGUGUGAAUGUUUGGCCUCACUGUAAGCUCUGAUAUUGUACGGAAAGUUUUCUGGACACUGUCCAGCAACUGUCAAGAUGGCCAAUCCCAAGUGUCACAGUUUUUGUAGGGGGAGUGAGGAGGGUAACAACUCUGCCACCCCUAAGCCUGUCUGUCCAGUCCCUGUAGUGUGCCAUUAGCCUCGUCACUCAUUAUGCUACAGCCAAAACUCCUUAAGACUUGGUCAUGCAUUGCACCUUGAAAUGUCAUACCAACAGCUUGGCAUGUUAUUUGUCAGUUUGUUGGUUGGUUGUUUAAUGCCUCACUCAGCAAUAUUCCAGCUAUAUGGCAGCAGUCUGUAAAUAAUCAAGUCUGGACCCGACAAUCCAGUGAUUGACAUCAUGAGCAUCGAUCCACACAGAUAGGAUACGAUGCAAUGCAUCAACCAAGUCAGCAAGCAUGACGAUCCCGAUCCCGUUAGUCGCCACUUACGACAAACAUAGUCGCAUGUAUCAAGGGCACUACUCAGCAGAUUCUUUUGAUUGUGAAUGGGCAAUUUUGAUCUUCUAUGUAACACUAUUCCUGACCCAGUGUGUCAUAAUUGCAGUUUGGUAACAUUUCUUUUGCUCGUAAGUUUAUUUCAAAGAAUGCUUGCAGCAAUUUUAUACAAUUUAACAUGAAUAAACUGUCUCUAUAAGUUAUAGUAUAAAAUGUUGAUCACAUACAUUUUGUUGCUUCAGUAGAGAUCCAUGUACCUAAUACUGAAAAUCAAGACAGAAUCCCUGUACCAAAAGGUCAUUGUACAGCCAUUCACAGGAGUAAAAAAAUGAAGAACUGA